AUGCUUCCCACACCAGAUACUUCUCACGUCCCAUAUGAGCGGGUCUACGAACCAGCCGAGGACUCGUAUCUCCUUUUGGACACACUCUCGUCCGCUUCUGAGACGGAAUAUCUACAAAGUGCCUUUCCCAACACUGCACCACUCGUGGUGGAGGUCGGUACAGGCUCAGGGGUUGUCCUCGCCUUCGUCCACGCGCAUGCACGGAAACUCUUUGGCACACGACAUGUUCUCACAGCUGGCGUUGACAUGAAUGCCUUUGCGUGUCGUGCGACUGUUGGGACUGUAGCAAAGGCUGAGUCUGAUAACCCCGACACUCAUGCCUCGUACUUGGGCUCGUGCAUGGGAGAUCUUACAACCCCGUUGCGUGAAGGCACUAUUGAUGUUCUCAUCUUCAACCCUCCAUAUGUACCGACACCUGAGAUGCCUGCUAGGCCAGAGUCAUUUGUUGCAGAUGACCUAGGAGUCACCGCAAAACCCUCCUGGGAUGACGAUUCAUACCUCCUGGCUUUGUCAUAUGCGGGCGGCCUAGAUGGGAUGGAGACAACAGAUAGGCUUAUUGAGGCACUGCCACGGACUCUAUCCCGCCGUGGUUGUGCGUACUUGCUCCUCUGCGCCCAAAAUAAGCCCGAUCAAGUCAAGAGUCGCAUUGAGAGCUUCGGAACCGAAUGGCGAGCUCGCACCGUUGGCACAAGCGGCAAGCAGGCUGGAUGGGAGAAAUUGCAGAUCGUGCGGAUUUGGCGAGAGUAUGCGAGCGCUGCGGAGUAG